AUGUCACAUUCCUGCAUCUCACUCUUUCUUUAUCUUGACUCUCUUUCUAAAGCCAUUCCACCACCGAAAAUUAUUGAGCUGAAGCAAUUGCCCGCUCGCUAUACUCGGGCCGCCUAUCAGUCUGAACGCGACGUAUUGCUUUCUCAUCUACUGCAGAUGUCAAGCAAGUCGCCCAGCCCCUCGCAAGGGGUUGCGGAUUGCGGCUUGGCGGACGUUGGGAUGCGGGACUUUGUUGCAACUCGACUUACAGAGCUACUGCCGAUACGUAUGACUUUGAAUAAAAGUCAUCUGGUCGGUGAAGCUAGUGGCCUUAUGGCUGCCAGCGAGGAUGUGCUCGCCCGGCUGACAGGCGGCGGGCCCGGGGAGUCGAACACUCUGGGCGCAGAUGAGACCAGAAGGCAGCCUCCAAAGGAGACAGAACAAGUACAAGUGGUACACAAGCCUAGAAUUAUGUCAUUAUUUAUGUAUCAGUUAUUGUUUUUUACUUGUCUUCCAUUAGUAUUCUCACAAGAUGCCAAUAGUGCUAUAAUAUGA